AACCCCCAAAUGAGCGAUGUGGCAUUUUAGACCUGUUUUUGUUUUGCCGUGUCAAAUUGCUUAUGUUUCUCUUCCUGCUUUAAAUCUUUAGUUCUGUGUGUGUUGUCCCUUCAAAUUCCAAUACACAUUCACCAACAACAAGAGUGAGACUCAGGGUGUUGUACUUUUCUUUCCUCUUCUGCACCAUGGGCCGAAAACCUGGACCUAAACCUUCCAAAACCAAAGACGCGGUACUCUCCUUGCCUGCUGCUAAUGCACUUCCUUCUGAGAGAGUUGAACAACAAGCUUCCAAUGAAAACAUAAAUCCAAUGGAGGUGUUAGAAUCUGAGCUGGGAAAUCCACACCCUAUGUCUUCCCCACUGAAAAAGCAUCUGAAUUCGUCAGUAGCUGGAGUGGAAACAGGUGCUGUAGGAAAAGAACCACAAGAACAAACCACUCUGGUAAGUAAACAUCAAAAGAAGUAUGCUACAUUGGCUAAAAAAAUGUCCAAAUACCGUAAUGGAUCUGUGAGGCGUUCUGAACGCAUUAGAAGCGGGGUUGUUAAAGUUAAAUCCACCAACUCAAAGCAGGGCGUUGAAUGCGUUGUGGAUAUGACUGUUAGUGAUAGUGAAAAGGAUGAAUCUGAUGCUCAAACUGAGCAAGUAUUGCCACAGCCAAAUCCAACAGAUACUCAAACUGAGCCAGUGCAAGUAUUGCCACAGGAGAAUCGUCAAACUGAGCCAGUGCAAGUAUUGCCACAGGAGAAUCCUCAAACUGAGCCAGUGCAAGUAUUGCUACGGGAGAACACUCAAAAUGAACAAGCUGAAAUGGAACAGUUACUAUUUGAGCCUGAGUCUGAGCUUGAACUUAAUCCUGCUGAAAAUGUAAGUGAAAAGAGUGUGGAUGUAAAAGUUGACUAUGCCUUACAGAAAAUCGAUGCUUUGUAUAAGAUGAUAGAAUUGUUGACAGCCAAGGUUGAUGGAAAUGCUGGCUUAUAUGAAGCCCCGUCGAUGGCACUCGGUUAUCGGAGCAUGUACAUUGAUUCGCAGAAGAAGCUUGAAGCUUUAUCCAACGAAAAUGAACAACUAAAAGGACAAUUGGAAGUGUAUGAAAAAGUAUUGGAUAAAAUGAAGGAUGUUGUUAAUCAGCAACUUUCAAAUGUGGCAAAAACUGCUGAAGCUGCUGUUAUUUCCUUGAAUCAAGAAAUCGACAAUGCUUCUGCAGGUAAAAGAAAGAGAAUUGAAGGCUGAUGAACGAAAAAAGUUAAUCUUGCAUAACUUCUUUUUUUGUAUCAUAUCACAAACUUGAUACUACCUAAUGUGCUUGACCUGGAAGUUGUGCCUAACUAUUUAAACUUGCUUUUGUAUGGACUUGUUGCUUUAAGUUGAACUAGUUGAACUAGAUGUUUUGAAAUUGUUUGUGGUUCUGAUGUUUCAAUGCCUCA